GACCACUGCAAACCUGAUCACCAGCCCUCCAGCCCUCCAAUAUUCUUCUGCCGCCCAGCGCCCGCAGUCUGUCCUCGGACUUGGUAUUGCGAAGCCGGAUUGGCACCAGCUUCCCAACUGCGCCCAUUCUCGCCCUCACCGUCACCCUACCUUCACCUUCACCUUCUUCUUCUCCAGCUCCUGCAUUGCUAACCGUAUAUCCCUCACUCUUACCUCCUUUCCACCAUCCUGUCCAUCUCGAGUUUUAUCCUCCUGAAGCAGCCACAUCACAUCCUCCUUCAUCUUACUGGGGAUGCUGCACCCGAAGCCGCCGUAUUGAAGACUGCGCACCCGCCCUCUGCCCUCUGGGCCAAUCCGUUCUCCGCAGCAAACGUUGCUUCUUCCCCUUGAAACACCCUCCCCCUUCACCUCAGGCCUUUGUCACUCGAUCCGCCUCGUGUGAGAGAGGAUCCAGGCCCAUACCGCACGCCGAAGGACCAAUCCUAAUCUCACCCUUGCUUCGAUUGAUCGUUCCAUCACUCCUCCUCGAUAACGAUCGACAUCACAGUCGACCGCCACUCACUCCUCCCUAUCCUUUCGAGCUCGUCACCUCUCCUUUUCGUCUCCCUGUUCAUGUCUUUGCCCAUCAGCGGCCGAUUCGAGGAAUAAUCACUUCUUCCCUCCUGUAUCCGCAUUCGCCGGCACAGCUUAGAUGCUCCCAUCAGCACCCAGUUGCGCACCCACAAUCUGCACGCUGACUACCUCUCGGCCGUCGACUACUGUGCCUUGGCUGUCAUAUCUCAUCUAAGAUGGCCACUUCGACAUCAACUACCACGACGUCGCCCACUGCGAGCGCAACGGGCAACGCUGGAAACAAUGGAGGCUCUGGUCCCAGUUCGCCACUGCUCUUUUUCGUGGCUCUGGGCUUUGGCGUUGUCUUUACGAAUUUAUGGAUCAUCGUCGGUGUCAAAUACUGCUUCAGAUACAAUCAGCGCAACCGACAGCGCAUGAAUGGCGAGGACCCAGACGGAGUAGAUCUUGCUGCCAUGCCUCGACAACACCGCCGCAGGCGCGAGAAGAAGCUGAUGACCAUUGAGGAAGUGAACGAAAAAUUCCCUCUGACAAAAUACAAGACAUGGCGUUCCAAUCGUGCCGACGAGGGCUUGCCCACUGCUGGAGGGAUCACUACUGCCUCUCGCCCAGCUAGCAUACGCGAUACUCAACGGGAUUCCAAAGACUCGAAGGACAUUGAAGCUCAGGAAUUGGCGCAUGCGCAAACAAACUCUACGGCCGAGGAGAAACCUCCCGAGCAUGGCGAACCAGAGGUCGUGGAAGCCGAAAAGAGUGACCUGGAAAAUCGGCCAGUCACGCCCUCUCGUCCCAAAUCUUCUCCUUCUACAGUGACGCCCGGUACUCCUGUGCAUAAAGUGACCAGUCAUGACGAUGACGACGAAGACGAAGAACGCAUACAAACGGCUCUUCCUGCCGAGCAGUUGCCCGAUCCUGGCGACGCUUGUGCCAUAUGCAUCGACAAUAUCGACGACGACGAUGACAUUCGUGGGUUACAUUGUGGUCACGCAUUCCAUGCCUCGUGCGUUGACCCUUGGUUGACAUCACGGCGAGCCUGCUGUCCCCUUUGUAAGGCGGAUUACUACGUCCCCAAACCUCGACCCGAAGGUGCCGAAGUGAAUCCAGCAAACCUGCAGCCACCGCCGACGGCGUUUUCGAUUAUUGGGAAUGGUCGACCGGGUCGAAGACCUGCAAUGAUCAUCCCGGGUCGAUUCAUGAGUAUCGUGUAUCAUGAUCGCGAUCGCCACGGAUUCCCGCUUGUAGUGCGUGCAGAGCGGACAGAUCAGUCAAACCUAGACCAAGGUCGACGGCGACAGAGAGACAGAUUGCCGAGCUCAAAUACCGCUGCCAGCACCGAAGGAGGAGAUACUCAAUCAUCAUGGAGAUCAAGAUUCGGCUUGAGAAUGCCGGGUCGAAGUCGACAGGCACAGACACCACCGGCGGCUCCGGAAGCCCUGCCCACCCCUUCACAGCUUGAAGCUGGAAGAUGACAAGAACUGAACCCCAGAAGCGACGAUAAUGAUAUGAGUUUACGAUAAUCCUGACGAAGGACUUCUUGGCUUUUGUUGGGUUCCCCUGGCCCUUGGAUAGGUGACAAAAGGUCUUGGAGAUGCAUGAGCGCGACUGAGGACUCUGCCUGUAUGAUGCCGGGUUUGCCGCGCGAUAGAAUGUUUGCAUGGCAUGAGCAAUAGCCGCAAAUUUUCACGUUUACAGCAUUUGGCUGGUAAAGCCGGGCAUAACACUUGCACUGCGUUGAGGAGUGAACAAGAACUACUGCGAUGGAUCUUCUUGGGAUGGAUACCUCGGGAUAUGAUACCCCCGUCUCCAUUUCUUGGCUAUGUGGCAUAUUGUAUCUUUAGUCUCCCAGACUGUACUUGGACCUAAGACCAAAAUGGACUAUUUUCUUGUGUUUCUAG